UCCAAUUCCAAACUCUAAAUUUUUCUCCAAAUUUUCCAGUAUUUCAAUGGCGCCAAAGGGAGAGAAGAAGCCCGCGGAGAAGAAACCCGUAGAGGAGAAGAAGUCUACCAUAGCAGAGAAAGCUCCGGCUGAGAAGAAGCCAAAGGCCGGAAAGAAGCUACCUAAGGACGGUGGUGCCGCUGCCGGAGACAAGAAAAAGAAGAGAAACAAGAAGAGCGUGGAGACAUACAAGAUCUACAUUUUCAAAGUUCUGAAGCAAGUUCACCCUGACAUUGGUAUCUCAAGCAAAGCCAUGGGUAUCAUGAACAGUUUCAUCAACGACAUUUUCGAGAAGCUUGCUGGUGAAUCUUCGAGACUUGCAAGAUACAACAAGAAGCCAACGAUUACUUCAAGGGAAAUUCAGACUGCGGUUAGGCUUGUUCUUCCUGGAGAAUUGGCCAAACAUGCUGUCUCUGAAGGAACUAAAGCUGUGACUAAGUUUACUAGUUCUUAAAUGUAGUACCAUUUCUAGGGUUGUUUACGAAGAGGUGUAGGAUAAAGUUUAUUUCUCUUGGUAUCAAUUAGAUCUUAAUUAGUUUGUAAUGUUCUUUUAAAAAUCUAAUGAUAAUCUUGUUUAUGAAACAA